GAAGGGGGCAGUAAAUAUGAGACGGACGCGCUUCCUGUUUUGAAUCGGGCUGCUUUUCGUUGGUGAAGAUGGUGAAGAUGUGAGUCAUCAGCUGUAGAGCGUCCUGCUGAAGACAUGGCUGUGAGCUCGGGCUGCAGUACGGUGCUGAUGUCGGUGCGGGUGUCGGUUCGGCCGCUGUCUGUGGGCUCGGACUCACUGCGGCUGCAGCUCAGCAUGAACCCGAACCGCGCGGGACUCUUCACGCUCACACUCAGACACACCGACCGCGGAGGACGCAGCGUGUCUCUGGCAGAGUUUGAUCUGCGCUCAGUCAAGUACGAGGUCAAAUCGGCUCGAUGUCACGAAAUGCGUCUCAGCAAGCCGCCCCACGACUGCCUCACGUUCACCUUCCGCAGCGAGCAGGAGGCGCAGGAGUGGGCCACCGUCAUGAUGUCAUCGCUCCGGGAGUCUCACAGAGUUGCCAACAUUUCUCAUCCUUCAAAUGAUGGAGAGCAGAAGAUGAAGUGUGGAGAGAGAAACUCAUCAGUCUUGUCACUGUCAAUGAAAGAGGAGCUGUGUCUCGAGCUGUCUCGAGCGAUCGAGGCUGGAGAUGCUCACGCCGCUGUGCACUACGCCACAGAUCUGGCCAAGCAGCAGAUCACCCUGAGCAUCCAGCCAGCGCCGCGGGACACCGACCAUACCGAGAUCAGCCUAGCUGUGGUAAUAGAAGACGCGUCGUCCUCCUGCUGUGUCACAGUGAAAGUCCUCCCUCACGUGACCGUGGCCUCUCUGAAGCAGCAGAUGUUUGUUGAGUAUGGUUUCCACCCCAGGGUGCAGCGCUGGGUCAUCGCUCAGUGUCUGUGCUCUGACGGACGCUCUUUAGCGUCGUAUGGCAUCUACAGAGACGGUGACACUGCGUUCCUCUACCUCCUGUCUGCUCGUCACUGCCUCGGUCAGCAGCAGGAGAACGGUGUGUCGAUGGCCCUGAACACCCCGCUCGGCCCCACACCGGCCCCCAGCGGCCCCGUCAGCCACGACUGGAGAGGAUACAGCACGCUUCCCCCCCGCCUGAGCCACAGCAGCACAGCAGGAAGCAGUGGGUGUGGCCCAGAGAAACCCAGCGUCAGUGACAUCAUUAACCUUGAAAUGCUGCAACUUGGAGGAUCCAAACUGAAAUCAAGUAACACACAGUCAGGCUGGUCCUGUCCUUCCUGUACAUUCAUAAAUAAGUCUACGAGACCCGGCUGUGAAAUCUGCAGCACAGAUCGACCCAAUCCUCCUGAUCACAGCGGCGUUCAGCAGGAAAAAGCAAGAAGAUUGAACCAGUGAAACCGUGCUGUAAAUACACACAAAUAAAGACACAACCCCUAAAACAAUCUCCCAUUCAUUCACAUUCAAACAACACGUGAGGACCUACAAUGCUUCGUUUUAAUAAGAGUUACUGCAAACAAAGCUUCAAACUCUCAUAGUGGCUCUGCAGCAUAUUUCAGCUCUAUUAGUUUACAGUAACUAGUAACUGACCAGCUGAUUUGUUGCUUGGCUUCCCUUGAAGGAGUCGUGACGUGGAUUGGCUUUUGACCU